AUGUCUCAAACUAUCAAAAUACGACCAGCAGGAAAUCCUAUUCAUGACACUAACGAAGAAUAUCUUUCGAAAAAUUCUGGAAAUGACAUCUUAUUCACGCUGCCGAAUGGAUUAACAAACGCACUACAGACAUGGACACUAGUUCCACACCAACAUCCAUUAUUCGUCGGUGGGUAUUGGAUUUUGUUAAAUGGACAGAAAAAUGUCGCGCUCGGAUACAACUGUAAGAAGAAUAAGGUAACUGUUUCACAGUUAAUCCGAGGGAGUCCAUGGUUUGUAUGGCGAAUUGAAUCUCGCAGGUCUUACGACAAUAGCUUUGAAACCGAAUAUAAAAUUAGUCCGUUUUUGAAUCCUUCUCUUGGAUUAACACAUAAGGGUGCAUCGCAACCUGUUUGUGUUGAACCGGUCUAUGAAGGAAUGGAGGGUUCAUUUGGUCAGAAGUGGCUUUUGGUUCUCCCUAGGGAAAUGAAACCACAGCAACUAAUCGACAAAAUUACUCCUCCAGAUUUAAAUUUAUCUUGCUCAUCUGCUUUUAAUGAUCAAGCGACCAGUUCAUCAAGCAAUCAAGCAACUAGUUCAUUAAGCAAUCAAGCAUCCAGUUCAAACAAUCAAGCAUCCAGUUCAAACCAUCGAGCGACCAGUUCAUCAAGAAAUCAAGCAAUCAGUUCAUUAAGCAAUCAAGCAUCUAAUUCAAACAAUCAAGCAUCCAGUUCAAGCAAUCAAGCAUUAAGUAUUCCUGCAAAAAGAAACAAUCCAUUCACAAAUAAAGUAAAUAAAGAAAGUUGGAUAUAA